UCAUAUUGUAAAUGAACCAACAGGGUGACAGUGACAACAACCAAAAGUCUGAUGUGUGCGCGUGCGUGCGCGCGCGGCAGGCGUCAUCGUCAUCGUCUUUUUUCAUUGCCGGCCGAGUGACGUCAUCACCGCGUCUUUAACUCAUGGCGGAUCUACUGAAAGUUUGUGUGUGAUGGAGCUUCAGGGAGUCCGGAGAAACAUCAGCAAUGGUCACAGUAUGAAGAACUCAGGGUUUGAGAGUCCUGUAAUGAUGCGAGAAUCAGCAUGUACUCGACACCGAUCGGAUGACUCUAAAAGUCGAACCAUACGAGUCUUCCUGCCCAACCAUCAGCGCACGGUGGUUAAUGUGCGUCCUGGUGUGACGCUACACAACUGUUUGAUUAAAGCUCUGAAGGUUCGAGGUCUUCAGCCUGAAUGCUGUGCGGUCUUCAGUCUACAUCCAGGCCAGAGAAGUAAGAAGUCUCGUAUGGAUUGGAACACAGACUCGAUCUCAUUGAUUGGAGAAGAACUGCUAGUGGAGGUUUUAAAUCACGUUCCCUUAACUACACACAACUUUGUCAGGAAAACCUUUCUGAAAUUGGCUUUCUGCGAUAUAUGUCAGAAGUUCCUGUUAAAUGGUUUCCGGUGUCAGACGUGUGGUUAUAAGUUCCAUGAACACUGUAGCACCAGAGUUCCCACAAUGUGUGUGGACUGGAGCAACAUUAGACAACUUCUAUUGUUUCCAACUCCUGGUGAAAGUGUGACUCCGUCUCUUCCUUCACUGACGUCACGGAGAAUGAGGGAAUCCAUGAGCAGACUUCCCGGGAGCUCAGUGUACAGACAUUCAACAUCAUCUCAAGUCUUCAGUUACGCCAGCUCUUAUGCCUCCACUGGACCGGCUUUGACCCAGAGACUGCGGUCUACCUCUACACCCAAUGUCCACAUGGUCAGCAGUUCAAUCAAUGUUGACAGCUCUCAGAUUGAGAUCCCAACAGGUUGGAGUCAGAAUAAUUUACCUGCCCCAGCCUCAAGAGAGCGAGCACCUGUCAACACGCAAGACAAAGUCAAAAGUCAGCCACGGGAUAAGCGAGACUCAACUUAUUACUGGGAGAUUGAAGGUAAGGAGGUCAUGCUGCAGGGUAGGAUUGGCUCAGGCUCUUUUGGAACCGUCUACAAAGGGAAAUGGCACGGUGAUGUGGCCGUGAAGGUAUUAAAAGUCACCACACCAACACCAGAGCAAUUUGAAGCUUUCCGCAACGAGGUUGCAGUUCUCAGGAAAACCAGACACGUCAACAUCCUGCUGUUUAUGGGCUAUAUGACGAAAGACAAUCUUGCUAUUGUGACGCAGUGGUGCGAAGGCAGCAGUCUCUACAAACACCUACAUGUGCAGGAGACGAACUUUCAGUUGUUUCAGCUGAUAGAUAUCGCCAGACAGACAGCUCAGGGCAUGGACUAUCUACAUGCAAAGAAUAUCAUCCACCGUGACAUGAAAUCAAACAACAUCUUCUUACAUGAUGGCUUGACAGUGAAGAUUGGUGAUUUUGGUUUGGCUACAGUGAAAGCCAGGUGGAGCGGUUCUCAACAAGUGGAGCAGCCCUCAGGAUCCAUUCUUUGGAUGGCACCCGAGGUGAUCCGGAUGGAGGACAACAAUCCUUACAGUUUUCAGUCAGAUGUCUAUUCUUACGGCAUUGUCCUUUAUGAGCUGAUGACAGGAGAGCUGCCUUACUCACAGAUCGCCAGCAGAGAUCAGAUAAUUUUUAUGGUUGGCCGGGGUUUCUUGUCUCCAGACCCAAGUAAGCUUUAUAAGAGCUGUCCUAAAGCCAUGAAGAGACUCGUGGCCGACUGCAUUAAGAAAUGCAAAGAUGAAAGGCCUCUCUUUCCUCAGAUUCUGUCCUCCAUUGAGCUCCUGCAGCACUCGCUUCCCAAAAUCAACCGCAGUGAGUCCGAGCCGUCUCUACACAGAGCGUCUCAUGGCGAGGACAUCACGUCCUGCACGCUCACCUCUGUCAAACUGCCCAACUUCUAGAAAGACUUAAAUAUCUGCUGCACAGCAGACACAGAUGUGUUGAAAUGAAUGUCAGUGAAAGAUGAAUGCACUUUUGUAAGAAUCAUUACGUUAGUUAUAAUCAAUGUUUUUAUACAUCUGAAGAUCAUUCUAGUGUUGAUCUGCUAUUGAAUGUUGUUCAUGAGAUAGAUGUGGCUUAGCAUUAAAAAAGUUUUAUUACAGAUUCAGAGCACAUACUGGUCAUCAGUUAUUUUAAUAAAAUUAAAUUAUGUCAA